GGGCGCUGGCUCCCCGAGGACGUCUUCCCCCAGGACCACGCCGCGCCCUGGGGCUCCUGGUACGACCCCGCGGCGAAGCGGUGGGGCUACGCCUGCUGCAAGAGCGCGGACAGGGGCACCACGUGCGCGGCGGCCGCGGCCGCGAAGGCCGCCGAGAAGGCCGCGAAGGAGGCGGCCGUCAAGGACCACGAGGCCCUGGACCGGGGCGAGGCGCCCCCGCGAAGCCCGAGCCACCCCUCGGACAGCAGCACCGACGAGGAGACGCGCGCCGCGCGGGCGGACGAGAACAGGCCGCUGGACUGGAGCAACCCGCCGCCCGAGAUGCUCCCCGCCGAGCAGGUCGAGGGCGGCAAGCCCGCAGCGUACAUCCAGCACUUCCUCCGCUACGUCUUGGGCCAGUGGCGGAUACGGCUCGAGAGGGACGGGCUCGCGGGUUUCACCGAGUUGGAGAAGGCUGCAUUCAAGGAGAGAGACUUGACACGCUGUCCGAGACUGAGAUGGCGGUUACGCCGCUCAUGUGCCGCCUCCGGAACGGCACCAACCUGAACAGGGGCGAAGAGAGAUACAAGUCCAAGAGCCGCGAGACAAGGACAAGCAUGGAGGGCAAGUACGUGAAGGAGCAGGACGUGCUCAGCUCCUUGAUGAUCAUCGCGACCGCGGCUCACGACAUGGACUAUCAGAAGGCCCACGCGAAGUACAUGCAGCUUACUUUCGGGAACAAGAUGUGGAACCUCACGCACGUGGCCCACGUCGCCGCGUGCACCAUGAAGGGAGCGAGGGAAUAUCGCAGAAACCGCGACAGCCUCAAUACCUACGACAUGGACCCGGUGUCGCAGAGGUAUAUGCACGCCACGAAGAAGAUACUCCACUUCUGCCAGUGCAUACGGCCAAACCCGGACCAGUCGAAGAAUUUCGUCAUGUGA